ACGGUGCCGGUGGUCGGCGGGGGGGCGCCGGGAGGAAGGGGACGAACAGCCGCGAUCGGCCUGGCCGCCCUCGCCGGCGGCGCGGAGCUGACGAGCAGGGGCUGCCCUCCCGCCGGACCCCGGCCCCUUCCCGCGCAGCGCGGCUGCGGCGGCCCCUCCGCGCCCGAGAAGAUGGCGGCGGUGUCCGAGUGAGGAUGGAGCUGCCUGUCAGCGCCUCUUCGCCCUAGGGCGGGCAGUGCCGCCCCGCCGGGGCGUGAGGGGCGGCGGCGGUGCCGCCCGGUAGUGGGGAGCCCCCGCCGUAGCCCGCGCCGAGGGGCGAGGCUUGGCCUGGCGACCCCACUCAGCUGCUUCGCGCCUCCGCUCUCCGCCCGGCCCCGUCCCGCCGCCCGGCCUCGCGGCCCCCGGCGUGCAGCCGCCAUGCCGUGGCCUUUCUCGGAGUCCAUCAAGAAGAGAGCCUGCAGGUACCUGCUGCAGAGGUACCUGGGCCACUUCUUGCAGGAGAAGCUCAGCCUGGAACAGCUCAGCCUGGAUCUCUACCAGGGCACCGGCUCCUUGACGCAGGUCCCUCUGGAUAAGUGGUGUCUUAAUGAGAUCCUGGAGUCUGCUGAUGCACCUCUGGAAGUCACAGAUGGAUUUAUCCAAUCAAUUUCUUUAUCUGUCCCGUGGGGGUCGUUGCUGCAGGAUAACUGUGCAUUAGAAGUGAAAGGAUUAGAGAUGGUCUUCAGGCCAAGACCAAGGCUUGCAUCUGGUUCUGAGCCUAUGUAUUGGUCAAGUUUUAUGACCAGUAGUAUGCAGCUUGCAAAAGAGUGUCUUAGCCAAAAAUUGACAGAUGAACAAGGAGAAGGGUCCCAGCCUUUUGAAGGACUUGAGAAAUUUGCAGAAACUAUUGAAACAGUUCUAAGAAGAGUGAAAGUUACCUUUUUGGAUACUGUGUUACGAAUAGAACAUGUGCCAGAAAACUCUAAAAGUGGAACUGCACUUGAAAUCAGAGUUGAAAGAACUAUGUACUGUGAUGAAACUGCAGAUGAGUGCUCUGGAAUUAAUGUUCACCAGCCCACAGCUUUUGCUCACAAAUUACUGCAGCUCUCAGGUGUCUCUUUCUUCUGGGAUGAGUUUCCUGCAUCAGCAAAGUCCUCCCCAGUGUGUUCAGCUACUCAGCUGGCAACUGAACCAAAGCUUUCACCUAGCUGGAAUCCAAAAAUCAUUUAUGAGCCACAUCCACAAUUAACAAGAAACUUGCCAGAAAUUACUCCUUCUGACCCUGUACAGAUCUGUAAGCUGAUUGGUAGAAUGGAGUUAAGCCUAACACUAAAACAAAAUGAAGUACUUCCUGGAGCUAAGUUGGAUGUAGAUGGACAAAUAGAUUCUGUACAUCUGUUUCUGUCACCAAGGCAGGUUCAUCUUCUAUUGGACAUGGUAGCAGCUAUUGCUGGACCAGAGAGUCUGAGCAGGAUAGAAUUGUCAAAUAAAGAUAGGAAGAACCGGCCAAUGCAGCAGGAGGACGAGUAUCGGAUUCAGAUGGAGCUGAAACGUUAUUUGAGGAAAGAGUCUUUAUCUGCAGGAGCAUCAUCUGAGCAAAGCUUCUAUGAGACAGAGAGUGCCAGAACGCCUUCUAGUCGUGAGGAAGAAGUUUUCUUCUCAAUGGCUGAAAUGGACAUGUCCCACAGCCUUUCCUCACUUCCACCUCUUGGAGAUCCUCCAACCAUGGAUCUAGACUUGUCUUUAACCAGUACAUACACAACUACACCAGCAGGAUCUCCACUGAGCACUACAGUGCUGCAGCCAACUUGGGGUGAUUUUCUUGAUCGUAACAAACAAGAAUUACAGCCUCCAAGAGGUUCCUCACUAACAGCCAAUAUGGUUCACCAGACUUCCAUAAGAAGGACAUCUAUUCCAUCCAGAUCUGUUUCUGUGGAUGAAUCCAGACCUGAGCUACUUUUUAGACUGGCAGUUGGAACUUUCUCAGUGUCUGUACUUCAUAUUGACCCUUUACCCCCACCUGAAAGUUCACUGAACCUUAACCCAUUGACACCAAUGGCUCGGGAUUUCUUUGCCCGAAUAGAAAAGAUUGAGCCAGUUAAGUUUUCAACAGAAGAUUUUCUGUCCUUCCGAGAAGUAUUUGCAGAAGCUUGUUCUCAUGAUCACCUUAGGUUUAUAGGUACUGGCAUCAAAGUGUCUUAUGAGCAAAGACAAAGGACUGCCUCACGAAGUUUUAGUACUGACUUAUCCAUUGGUGAGAUGGAAUUCCUGGAAUGCCUUUUUUCUACUGACUCUCAUUCCAUGCAGCCUCACUAUACAGAGCUGCUGACAUUUCAUUCUGAAGAAAGAAAUGAUUCUCAUUCUAUGCCAUGUCUUCAGCUGCAUUAUAAGCAUUUAGAUAAUAGAGGACCUCAGGGUAGUCAAGGGAGACUCAGCUCUGUUCCACAGAAAGCAGAGUUACAAAUAAAGUUAAGUCCAGUGUUUUGUGAGCUGGAUAUUAGUAUUGUAGACAGAUUAAAUUCCUUACUUCAACCCCAGAAACUAACUACAGUGGAGAUGAUGGCAUCUCACAUGUAUGCUUCUUACAAUAAGCACAUAAGUCUGCAUAAAGCAUUUGCUGAAGUUUUUCUGGAUGAUUCUCAUACUCCUUCAAACUGUAGAGUUUCUGUUCAAGUCACUGCCCCAGCAUUGAAACUCUCUGUUCGCUUCCCAAUACCUGAUCUACGGUCAGAUCAGGAAAGAGGACCAUGGUUUAAGAAAUCACUUCAGAAGGAGAUUCUUCAUCUUGAAUUUACAGAUAUGGAAUUUAAAACUGAAUUUAUAGGAGGUUCGACUCCAGAACAAGUUAAAUUAGAGCUUACCUUUAAAGAGCUAACUGGUUCAUUUGAAGAAGAUAAUGCAGAAACACCAGUAAAAUUUUUUCAGGUGUCAGGUGGCACAGAUGGAGAUAUAACAUCAUCAUCAGACAAUUUUGACUGGCCUCGGAUUGUAUUGAAAAUAAACCCUCUGGCUGUGCACUCUAUUCUGGAAAGGAUAGCAGCUGAGGAGGAAGAAGGUGAUAAUAACUUUCAAGAAGAAGAAGAAGGAGGGUCUCAUUCUUUGAAGGAUGUCUGUGAUAUUAGGAGACCAGAGCCUUCUCCAUUUUCUUCUCGUAGGGUCAUGUUUGAAAAUGAAGAGAUGGUGAUGCCAGGAGAUAUAGUUGAAAUGACCGAGUUUCAGGAUAAAACAAUUAGCAAUUCUCAUUAUGUACUGGAACUCACACUACCAAACAUUCACUUAACACUACCAAACAAAAGCUUUUAUGAAAAACUGUACAACAGGAUCAGCAAUGAUUUAUUGUUGUGGGAACCCACAGCUCCAUCUCCUGUGGAAACAUUUGAAAACCUUUCUUAUGGUGUUGGACUAUCUGUGGCCAGCCAACUCAUCAACACUUUCAGUAAAGAUAGCUUCAGUCAAUUUAAAUCUGCAGUUCAUUAUGAUGAUGAAAGUGGAUCUGAGGAAGAAACACUACAGUAUUAUUCCACUGUCGAUCCAAACUAUCGUUCACGCAGAAGGAAAAAGCUUGACUCACAAAAUAAGAACUCACAGAGCUUUCUGUCUGUUCUGCUAAAUGUGACACAUGGAUUAGUGUCAAUAUUCACAGAUGUAAAGCAGGAUGAUGGAAAUACACUGGAAGGAAAAUAUGGUGAAUUUUGGUUUGAGUUUAACGGUGGUUCCCUUUUCAGUGUGACUAAAUAUGAAGGUUUUGAGGACAGACACUAUGUUUGUCUCCAUUCUAGCAGCCUCAAUUUAUAUCAUCAAGGUUUGGUAGAUGGAGUUGUCCCUUCCUCUGAAGUACGACUGCCCAGCACAAUACGUCCCCAUUGGUUAGAGCCUACUAUUUGUUUUUCUGAAGAGGAUGGUCUUAGUAGGACUACUUCAGAUGGUGUAGGAAUGGAUAGUCCCAGUAUGCUGACUGUUGCAGUCAAAAUCCAAUCAGAUAAAAUAGAGAGCAAUACAAAGGAAUUUCUGGUGGCUGUUGGACUGCGAGGAGCCACCCUUCAGCACCGUGUGUUGCCUUCAGGUUUAAGCUGGCAUGAACAGAUUUUAUAUUUUUUGAAUAUUUCUGAUGAGCCUGUUCUGGGAUAUAGUCCUCCAGCUACAAUUACAACUUUUCAUGUGCAUCUGUGGAGUUGUGCUCUUGAUUACAGGCCCUUGUUUUUGCCAGUCAGAUCUCUCCUUACUGUUGAAACUUUCAGCAUUUCCAGUAGUGUUGCAGUAGAUAAAUCCUCUUCUACUCUCAGGAUAAUUUUAGAUGAAGCUGCUUUGCAUUUGUCUGACAAAUGCAACACUGUCAUGGUGAACCUCCAUAGAGAUUAUGUUCGUGUUAUGGAUAUGGGACUGCUGGAACUAACCAUUACAACAGUAAAAUCUGAUUCUGAGGGAGAAAGAACUAAACCUCGUUUUGAGCUGCACUGUUCCAGUGAUGUAAUCCAUAUUCGUACCUGCUCUGAUUCGUGUGCUGCACUCAUGAAUCUCAUACAAUAUAUUGCAAGUUAUGGUGAUUUACAUCCACCUGCUAAGACAGAGGUUAAACGUGGAGUUAGCAAGCCAAAAAUGAAGGUAGAGACCUUUAGCCAACCAUCUUCCCACGGACCAGGCCUUGCUGAAUCAGAGCAGCAGAUUUUACGGGAUUUGAUGAGUGAUGCCAUGGAAGAAAUUGAGACUCAACAGACUGCUUCUGCCAUCAAGCAAGAGUCUAAUGGAGUUUUAGAUGACAAAUCUCAAACUCAAGAGCCAUCUUGCUCAGAUCUCUUCCUGUUUCCAGAUGAAAGUGGAAAUGUCUCACAAGAGCCAAGUCCCACUUAUGCUUCAUUUACUCAUCACCUGAUAAGUGAGGCCAUGGGAGAUGUUCCAGCAGAAAGUGAUGAUUUCUGCAUUCUUUUUGCACCUAAAGUUGCUGUUGCUGAAAAAGAGGAAGAGCCAGUUAUAAAAAUAAUGGUUGAUGAUGCAAUUAUCAUAAAGGAAAAUCAUUUCAGUCAACCUAUAAAAAAAACGGAUACAAGCAAAGCUCCACUUCAUUUUCCUGUUCCUCUGGUACGCUAUGUUGUAAAGGAAAUAUCUCUUAUUUGGCAUCUUUAUGGUGGAAGGGAUUUUGGGACUGCACCACCAACUUCUCCAGCUAAAAGUUUCAUAAGUCCCCAUAGUUCUCCUUCUCAUACACCAACAAGGCAUGGACGGAAUACAGCAUGUGGAGGAAGAGGAAGAAACCCAGACUUCUUAAUGGAAAUACAAUUAAGCAAGGUGAAAUUCCAGCAUGAGGUGUAUCCUCCAGGUGGUGCAGAAAGUGAAUCUUGUCUGUUGGAGCAGCCAGUGUCACGACAAGUUUUUAUUGUUCAAGACCUGGAGAUCAGAGAUCGCUUAGCUACAUCACAAAUGAAUAAAUUUCUCUAUCUCUACUGCAGUAAGGAGAUGCCCAGAAAAGCACAUUCAAACAUGUUAACAGUGAAAGCUUUACAUGUCCGUCCAGAGUCUGGCAGAUCCCCACAGGAAUGCUGUUUACGUGUUUCACUAAUGCCACUUCGCCUCAAUAUUGACCAGGAUGCCUUGUUUUUCCUGAAGGACUUUUUCACUAGCCUUUCUACAGAAGUAGAACUCUUAGUUACUCCAGAUCCUGAAGUCAAAAAGUCUCCUGGUGCUGAAGUUACGUGUAGUUUGCCCAGGCAUGUCAGCAGCCUUAAGGAACCAAGUCCAGUCAUUUCUUUUGCAUCACACAAGCAAGCAAAUGAGAAUGGCAGCAUUGAUUCCAUGGAUGUAGUUAAUGGAGAGGAUGAUCAGUUCUCACAAGAAACAACAUCGUACAGUGAUCAGCCAGUAUUUUUCAGAGAAUUUCGCUUUACAUCAGAAGUUCCAAUACGGCUUGAUUACCAUGGCAAGCAUGUCUCCAUGGAUCAGGGAACAUUAGCUGGGAUUCUUAUUGGGCUUGCUCAGUUGAACUGCUCAGAAUUAAAGCUGAAGAGGCUUUGCUAUAGACAUGGUUUAUUAGGUGUGGAUAAAUUAUUCUCCUAUGCCAUCAGUGAAUGGCUUAAUGAUAUAAAGAAAAACCAGCUACCAGGAAUUUUGGGAGGAGUAGGGCCUAUGCAUUCGCUUGUGCAGUUAGUGCAAGGUCUGAAAGACCUGGUGUGGCUGCCAAUAGAGCAGUACCGCAAGGACGGUCGUAUUGUCAGAGGCUUUCAAAGAGGAGCAGCUUCUUUUGGUACUUCCACUGCCAUGGCAGCACUGGAGCUGACAAACAGAAUGGUUCAGACUAUACAGGCAGCUGCAGAAACUGCUUAUGACAUGGUAUCACCAGGGCCUACCUUCAUUGAAGCAAAAAAGAUCAAACGGUUCCCUCGCCAUCGCCUGGCUCCUCAGCCGGUCGACCUGCGGGAGGGGGUAGCCAAAGCCUACAGUGUUGUGAAAGAGGGGAUUACGGACACAGCCCAAACCAUCUAUGAGACUGCUGCUCGUGAGCAUGAGAACAGAGGAGUCACUGGAGCAGUAGGAGGAGUCCUCCGCCAAAUCCCACCAACCGUGGUGAAACCUUUCAUUGUUGCAACAGAGGCCACCUCCAAUGUCCUGGGUGGAAUGAGAAACCAGAUCAGGCCAGAUGUGCGUCAAGAAGAAUCUCAGAAGUGGCGCCUUGGGGAGGACUGAGAUUGUAAAUCUGGCUCAGCAGGCAGGUAGCAAGGCUGGAAAUGCAGAAGAAUGUCCUGUUGGCAGCUUUAGAUGGAGCUCACUUUGUUUUGUCAUGCUCAUCUCAGGAACAAAUGAGGUUUUCCAACUGUUACUAGCAAAACAUCCAACCAAAAAUAUUUAUGAAGUGAAAAGCGAAUUGGUACGUGCUUGUACUGUGUGUUACCAAUACAUUUGGUAGAUAGUGCCAAACAUAGUGAAGCAUGCGCUGCCAACUCAGAGACAUGCUUGCUCUGCUCCAUUUACCAUAUUUUUUGUGGUAGAUUUGACAUCUGAAGCAGUAGCCUGUAUGGUGAAGCUAAGUGGACUUUAAAGAGUUUUUCUGAGCAUAGUCAAAGAACUGUUUUCAAUAAAGGGCUCUGCAGAUGCUCUUCACUGACUAAAGGAUAAAAGCUUUCAUUGUGGACAUGAGACAUGAGGCUGUCUAAUAUGGAAGCAGAUAAGAUAAUACUGUUUAAUGGUCAUAAGCAUCGCUUUUAGCGUGGCACUUACAGCAAGGACAAGCUUGAUAACCAUUCAGAGUUUAGAUUCAGUGUCAAUACACCUACGAACAGAAUUUGUUCCUAAUUAUUAAAUACCUACUUUUGUGGGUUUUUGAAGAACCUGAAUGUUGCAGAAAUGUUCUGUUGUGUUGCACUUUAAAGGAUAUGGCCUGUAUAUUGUGCUUUUUUAUAGUGUGAAUAAAAUGUAAUGUGCAUUAUCCUUUAUGUGGUUUAGAAGCUUACACAAAUUAUUGAAAAGAGCAUCAUUUGAUGAUGAUCCUACAGAAAAGUGUCUUAAAUUUAUUUAAACUCAUUAUAUGUAAAAUUUUUUUUUUGUCUACUGUUACACUAAUUACAAUGCUAAAAAUAUCUACUGUUCAGGAAAACAGUUAAUUCUAAUUGUCGCCAACAGUUCUUUGUAAGAAUGAAAAAUCAUUAGUAAAAACAAAUUAUUUCAUAAUUUCAUAGUUAGAAGGCUAUACAGACUUUAUUUUAGUAAUCUGCUUUUAUUUAAAGUUCAUAUUGUUGGAGAGUUGCUGCUCUCACAAGGUAUUCAUACUUUAGAUUGUGUGUCAUCAGUUAUUUGAUAGUGAGUAUUUGGGGUCCUAAUGAAACUGGGAACCGGUGAGAGGUUUUCAAAAAAGGACAGCAAAGCUUCUAAAAUCCAAGUUGGUACUGACAUUAUUUACCAUUUAGUAGGUGACAUGUGUCUCCACAGAGCUUUACUAAGCACCUGACAUUGCACCAUUUUGGGGCAGUUGAAAGUCUUGGCGAUAGAUGUGCAAUAAUGAACUUUCUUUUGUUUUGUAUUAGCGAAAACUGGAGAAUAAAGAGUAAAGACUCUUUUGAAUAGAAAAGUACUCAUUUUGAAUUUCAGUAGAUGAAACUUUAAAUGACUAGCCAGUAUGUAGAUUUGUUAUAGUUCUGUGCUAGUCAUAAGUGGAAAUCCUGCCCAUAUGCCGUGUGGAAAGUCCCCACUGAAAGGGGGACAUCAGAUGCUAUUGAUCAGACUUCAGUCUCAAAGGGUGAUGAGGAAGUAUUUUCAUUCUUUGUUCAAUUAACCUGCCUCUAGCAGAAACUUUGCUGAUGGGCCUUAAGGGACAAGCAGGAGUAUAUGAAGGAAAAAAAAUUGCUGCUUGUUCAUGCUGAUACUAUACUAGGUAUUCCUGAACACCAAAGAAUCUGGCUGGACAGUAAAUGAUUUGAAAACAUCCCCUCUGUUAGGAAGACUUCUGCAGUCUGCUCUAUUUUUUUCAUGAAACAAAGUUCCAGGUAAAAACAAAUUCCUGCAUAGGGUGACAGGUGAUAUUAUAAAGUUGUGUUUCAAUUCACUGGAAUCAUUGAAGUUGUGGUGCACUGAAAACCUGCUUAUUUCAGCUAAAUGACUUGCAAGCAGGAGGAGAUGCUUUUGAGAGGAAAAAUACCUGCAGAUUUAAUAACCUAAAAUAUUUUCUGAUGUAAAAAUACUUGCUGUAGCGCAUACUUCUGUUCAGUAAUUAGAGAGCUUUGCUUUAAUGAGAGCUCAAAGCAUGAGCAUUUUGCACAGGAAUGAGUUCCAUGUUGGCAAUGUGGCACCUCCUGAAUGCCUUCUCAAGAAGUGGUGGUGAAUCAAUGCAAGUAAGUAGCAAUGCACCUUUUUCAAUGGGAAUUAGUAUACUAGUAAUUAGCUGGUACUAGUAAAUAGCUAAUCCAGUUCAUCCACUUAAUUAGCAUAAAUCUACAUAUUUUCUGCCUUUCAGACACUGCUGAAAAGAAGUGGCAUUUCAUUGUUUUUUUUCUUUUUCAAUUCUGUCAAGAUCUAACUGUACUGCAAGGUAACUAGAAUAUAUUUUUAUAUGAGGGCAUGAUGUCAAGGUAAAACAUUUUUAUAGCGUGUCUCUCAUUGUCAGCAAUACAGAUUGUACAAAUUUAUUAAACUUCACUUUUCACUAUGUAAACCCUCUCAUUUGCUGCUUGCACUUUAUUGGGGCUUUUCAGUGAAAUUGAUUCUAAAUUUUUUUUCAACAUUUUAUUUUGGAAAUGGUUUUCUAGUUUUGGGUAUAUAUAUUUUCUGCAUUGUUGCAGUGUUUGAAAUGUUUAAAAAAAACCGAAAAAAAUCACAAAACUUACCAAACUAGUCUUAGUGUAAAGACUAGUUUGAAGAAUGUGUCUUGUAGGGCUCAGCUUGUGUUUUAAAUCAAAAAGUAUCAUGUACGAGAAGGGAUUCAUCAAAUGCUCUGCUCAAUACUGUAAGAAUUUUCAAGCACUUAAAAAAAUACACAAAGUGAGACAUAUUCCCUGGAAAUGGAAGCUUAUGGAUAACAUUACUGUAUUUUCCAUUAGCACAAGGAGAUUGUAAAGAAUAUUCUUGUACUUGAAUUUUCCAUUGAAAUCAGUUGCUAUAGAUAUGGGCAGUUUUCAUAUUUGUAGAGGCUUUAAACUGGCAUAGACAAUGCUUUAAUUCUGUCCAAACACCCUGACACUACUACUGUUAUUCCUGUUACUUAGCUCAGCACCAUCCUAAUAGAACUGUCAUCCUGGAUUUUAUUAAAUAUCCAGGUGUUUCAAAUAAAACAUGGAUGAGUGGCCUGGAAGUACCUGAAAAAUAGCCAUCUUUUGUAAAACAAACAAACCAUUCUUGCUAAGAAUCUUAGCAGUGACUGAGAGGAGCAAAUCAUCACAUCAAUGCAAAGGCAACUUCCAUUUUCUUUCCACUAUCUCUUCUAAAUCCUGCUGGUUUUUAGCAGUGCAGUGUGCCCUAUGUGUACUUGCCUAAUGAACAGCAUUGUCAGUGACUCACUGGAUAAAUCCCCCGUGAGUUCAUCUGUGCUUAAGGGACGUGUCUGCUUCUAUUUGCUCACUAAGUGGUUGAUUGUGAACAUCCAUUGCUUGCUUUCAUUUACUGUUCCUUAAUUGAGUUGCCAAGAAAGAUUUCUUAAUAAACCAAAAAGCUAUUCAAUGGUAAUGAACAAGAUACUCUUACCAAACAUGAAAAUCUACACACCUGCAAAUGUGAUGCUGAUUUUCCUUUGAAUAUUGAAAUGUAUGCGUUUUGUAAAAGAAUGAAAUCCAAGAAUUUGUUUAGAGUAGAUGAAUACAUCCAAAUCUUUUAAGUACCAUAAAUGCCCCUGCAGGAUAAGUCAGAAAAAGUGUGGGUAUCUAUGUCAGUUGGGAUCCUAGUGUGCACAGUUCUUCAGUCUCCAGGCCUCAUGAUUUAUGCUUCUGACAACUGUUUUAAGUUGCUCUACAUGCUGAAUCUUGUUUACAAUUAAAUAUUAGAUACUUACAAGUCAAAUACAUAAAUACAAAUCAUGCAUUUGUACUGGGUUUCUUAACUGUAAGGUAGCUCAGACAGAAACACGGCAAUUUGUGUAUAUGUUUGUGUAUAUUUUUUACAUUUUUGCACUUAUGGUAGUUUUGUGGUAUUGUUUGUAUAUAGUUUGCUAGUGUAAAGAAUAUAAUCUCAUGAAAUAGAAACCACUGUUGAAGGGAAUUGACUAUUUCAACUUGAGUUAUUUUGCUUAAAGUUCUUGUCCCCUCAGUAUGUCCUUGAGAAUUAUUUUUAACCAUAAUUUGUAUGGCACCAAAAGUAUAUAUUUUAGCGUAUUAAAAUGCUGAAAGGCCUGAGUGCAAAUAGGUUGUCUGUUAAAUGCAUUUAAUGGAAAAUCCCCCCCCAAAUUUGUAACAAAGCAAAAAUAAAUAUCUUAAUUUGUUCCUUGA